AUGAUCUACCCGAAGCUACCCAGAGAGAAGCUCCAAAGGCAAAUCGAUGAUCUGCAAGGUCAAGUAACCGGGUUGCAUAGAGCUCGGGAAGAGACCAAUCUCGAGCUUUCCUCGGAGUUCCAGAUCCUGAAGGAAAAUCUCAACGAACACUCCAAGCAACUGGAGCAGAGGGCCGAGAAGCUCAGCCAGCUCGAAUCGGAGAAUCUUACCCUCCGAGACGAGAACCAAGCCCUCAACAUGGCAAGUAACAAGAAACGUCGAUUCCAGACUCAGGUUCGCCCUAUACUGACUCUGGAGACACCUAAUUCCGAGACAGGCGCGAAUUUCCCAACUACGGCGCCGGGAGGAGACGCAUCAACGCGCGAAAAGGCCAAGGAUGCUCAGACCUACGACAUGGAGGACAGGGACUCGGAGCCCGAACAUGAUAAAGAAGCAUCAGACGGAGCAGCGAGAGCGGAGUCUCCUAUGAUCGCUCACCUUCACCAGAUGUUCUCCGAGAGGCUCGACGCCAUGCAGUCCAUGGUACAGAGACUCCUGGGGGUAGCUCCCCCCAUCCGGAAGAGCAAUCCCGACUCCUACGCCGAUACUCCCUUCACGAAUGAGAUCACCUUGAUCGAGAUGCCCAUGAAGUUCUCUUUCCGCAGCAUAAAGGCCUACGACAGCACCACUGAUCUGGACGACCAUGUCGCCCAAUACAGACAAAGGAUGCUCGCCAUAGCACUCCGAAAGGGGUCGCGCGAAGCUACCUUGUGCAAAGGUUUUGGCUCCACUCUGACCGGACCCGCUCUGCAAUGGUACAUCAACUUACCCUCCAGCUCCAUAGCUUCCUUCGCGGUUCUCAGCGAUAAGUUCGUGGAACAAUUCGCCAGAAGCAGGGACCUGGAGAAAACCUCCGACUGCCUCUACGAAAUCCUCCAGCACCGAGCGGAACCACUGCGAGGCUACAUAGCCCGCUUCAAUCAAGAGAAGGUAGCUAUCCCCGAAUGCAGUAUCCCCACUGCUAUCUCUGCUUUCAAGAGAGGCCUGCUCCCCGACAGAGACCUCUACAAGGAGCUGACCAAAUAUCAUUGCAAAACCAUGGAAGACGUCCUAUCUCGAGCCUGGGCACAGGAAAAAUGGGAGGAAGACGUCACCAGCCGUGCCAAAGAGCAACAAAAGCAAGAUUCCAAGACGAUCAGAUCAGACCGAACCGAGCGAGACGAGAAACCCUCACAAAGACCAGCUACGGACUCCGGAAAUCGAAACCGGGGCAGAUACCAGAACCGGCCGAUCGAGAAGGCAGAAGGGAUGGCAGUGUCCGCGUGGCUAGACAUCUCUCACCUCUCAGUAUCGAGGCCAAAGCUGGUCAAUGUUCUGAGGCAGAUGGGCCAAGAGGUUAAGUGGUCUCAGAAGAUGAAAGCACCCGACUCUUUCUGGAACCCUGGUUUAUGGUGCGACUUCCACCGAGACCACGGUCACAAAACGGAGGACUGCGUCGCACUAAAUAUAGAGGUCAACGAGCUACUUAGGAAAGGACACCUCAGGAAGUUACUUUCCGAGAAGGCCAAGAGCCAUAUAAGAAAGGAGACAAUGGAAAUCAGCGGCAUAAGCCAUGCAGGUGUGAAGAAAAGCACCUGGAACGCCAAGCACGGCCUAGAGGCAGCCAAGCCAAAACGCCUGCUCCUAGGAACAGACGAGAUAAGCUUCGCGGCCAAGGAGCAGGAGAAAGUUCUCACUCCGCAUCACGACGCCCUAGUUAUCUCGCUCACUGUAGCGAACUGCCUGGUAAAAAGGAUACUGGUAGAUAAUGGAAGCUCUGGUAACAUCAUCUUCCAGGCAGCAUACAAGGACCUGGGGCUGGAGGAAAGCGCUCUAACUCGGAGGAUAACCCCCCUUAUAGGGUUAAGCGGGGAAGUCAAAGAAACCGCCGGGGAGAUAACCCUCCCCCUAUACGCUGAAGGAAUCAACAGGUCAGCCAAGUUCCUCCUUGUCGAUUGCGACUCGUCUUACAACAUGAUCCUAGGACGGCCUUGGAUUCACGGAAUGGGGCCCGUCCCCUCGACUUUCACCAAAUGGUGA